AAACGCUGUCAAUCGUACAUCGGAUAUUGGUUGCUAUUGGAUAUUUUUUAUACCAUGUACAAAACUUUAAUGUUAAAGCCUUUUUAUUAUUUGUGUGCCAUAAUAAUAAAUUUGAAUCUUGCGAACUCCACGUUUCUCUUCACCACAAACUCCGAGUACGGGGUAAUUUUGACUCAAGUGCUUUUGAGCUUUGUCUGUAAAACGGUUUUUGACUUCCAGAUAUUCAUGGCCAUAUCGGUGCCCAUUGGCUUGCCGCAUCGCAAUGUUUUUUUGUCCUACAAUUACGAGUUCAAUUACUAUCAACCGGAGCACGUGUACAAAUAUCCUCCGAUUUUGAUGGGUCAAGACUUCGAGGAUAGUUAUCUGACAUAUCCGACCACGGGACGAGAUGCAAAUGGUCGGAAUUGUAUGAACUGCACGGAUUGGAAAAUAAUGGAAAAUAGCACCAACUUAAAAAAUUCUUCAACAGAAGCUGCAUCGCGUGAAAAGCGAGCCUUAACUCUAAUGAGUCGCUCGGUUUUUUAUGCCAUGUUGAGGGAUAAGUUAAGGAGAUCAGGAUUUCCAGCUGAAGCCUGUUUACUGCGCCUUAUAUGCGAUUCAAAUGCCUCUCAACUGGGCGAUGUUAAUGGAUUUUUGGGAAGCCUAGUACACAUUAUAUUCAGUCCCAGCAGCUCCAAGGAAGAGCAUUUGCCGCAUGUGUAUUACCAAGCCGAAUGGGAUGGUCGAGAGCAUCAGGAUUGCUCUGCUUAUGCCAAAAACUGUAAGGAAAACAUCUUGGAUCUGAUUUCUGUGCCACUUGAACAGGCUUUAAGCGAUAUUUUAAGUCGACGCAGGUGA